AUGCCUAUUGUGAAGGACAUCUUCCAUCUGUCCACAGAAGAGGAGAAAAAGAAGCAUAAGAAGAAGUGCCUAGUGCAGAGCCCCAACUCCUACUUCAUCAUGGAUGUGAAGUACCCAGGAUGCUAUAAAAUCACCACCAUGUUUAUCUAUGCACACAUAGUAGUUUUGUGUGUUGGCUGCUCCACUGUCCUUUGCCAGCCUACAGGAGGAAACACUAGACUCACAGAAGGAUGUUCCUUCAGCUGA